GAGGCUCAUGGCCAACAAGCGCAAACAACCGCUGACACCCGCUGGUAGCCCGCUGGCAGGUGUUAGACCGUAGGAUCUUUACUAUGUGCUUUGAAUUUACGUCAGUUACAAUUCGGAUUAUGUAAAGCUCAGCCAUCCCUGAGGUGCCUUUAUCACUCGCUUAAAUUGACAACAACGACCUGCUUUUCCAACUUCUGUAUCUAACGUUACCAACGUUUCUGAUGUCGUCGCAAACACUUGAGCUACAGCUUUCUACUAAUGCUCGUGAUCGGCUGUCCGCAGGUGUCUACACUCUUGAACAAGUCGUGCCUGCGUCUCCAAGGUCUCCUCUUCAGUCCGCCACUUUUGUCCAUUUCGCGUCGGUCGUCCCAGAAGCUGACCUGUUGUUACACAAUUUUGGGGGCGGCGCUCAUGUCUACCGUGGCACAAUAACUGCAUUGGUGGCAAAUUCCGAAGUGCGGCUCAAUGCUAUCUGCAAGAUAGCAAUCGAUUCUGAGGACCAAGUAAACCUCGAGCGGGAGAAAGACAUGUAUAUCACACACCUUGACAAGUUCCAAGGCGCAAUCGUACCCUACUUCCAUGGUAUGUUUUGGGGUGACAUGGCUCGUUCCUCCAACCAAAGACGGUUCCCUGUCUCGUGUAUGAUCUUGGAAGAUGUGGGGCGUGUUUUAGUGGGUAAAUUCUCUGAUCAACCUAUGGCAUGCAGGAAGAAUAUACUGGAAGGACUUCUGAAGCUCCAUUCUGCCGGCAUUAGACACGACGACUUCUGUGAAUCCAAUGUUUUAAUUGGAGAAUCAAACAAUAUUCGUAUUGUCGACUUCGACCAAGCCAGACUGCAUAAAUGCCCAUCUGCCCAUGUGACUCUCGACGACCUCGGAAUUGAUGGCUGGGAGGUGCAGUCAGGUGUAGUAAGUUGUUUGGAGGUACUCCGUGCUUGUGAAAGAAUGGACAUAUGGAUUCCUGCAACGAUCCCUUUGAGCGGGAGCUAUUUCUUUGUGGAGGAUAUACGAUCUCACAAAGAUCUUGCGCGUAAGGCUGCAAGGACUUUCGGAAAGGAGGAAGCAUCUCUCCUUGAAGAUGCAAAGAAAAUUUAUGAAUUGUUUAUUGAAUCGCACGAAGAUCGUUUACGAGCAGUUGGUUUUCAGGGUCUCACACCAGCAGCUUAGAUGAUUCACGUACCAUUGACACUAUUGUGACUUUGAUUUCAUUCCUCACAUGCCAACUCUCAAACAAUAUGUGGCGAGGGAUCAUGAGCUGACCGAGACCCUCAGGCCUCAUCCAUGAUGCAACGGACGACGUGCACUGUUGCAAUAUCCUCCACACGGUAGAAAGGUAGCGAUAGGAUUGACGCAAAGUUAUGCUCUGAUGAU